AUGGUGCUCAAUUUCACUGCCCGUAAUCCAAAUAAAAAACUUGGUAUAUAUUACGAUAAAGUUGAGGCUCAUGCAUUCUAUGAAGGGGCAAGGUUUGCAAAUAUUGAUGUCAUCACACACAUGAAUUCUUUCCGCCAAGACAAGAAAAGCAGUGAUCCUAUGAGUGGUGUUUUCUCAGGACAACAGUUGUUGAUGCUCCAUAAUGAUCAAGUGUCUGAAUUCAACAAAGACAAGAGUGUUGGAGUUUAUGAUAUCUAUGUGAAACUCUACUUCAGGAUUAGGUUCAAACUCGGAGACUCCAUUUCUCAUAGUUACAAGCCAAAAGUCAAGUGUGACCUCAAUGUUUCGAUGAAUUCUAGGAAUAAUGCAACUUUUACCUUUACUAGGGUUUUGCCUACCAAGUGCGAUGUUCUGUUCUAG